AUGGAUCCAGACUAUCUGAAGUUUACGGGGGUAGAAGACCUACUGCCCAGCAACGAUCUGUAUCUGAAAGCAGUCGGAGAGCUGCUGUAUCUGAGCACGACGACACGGCCUGAUAUCGCCUGCGCAACUGGCAUACUUUGUCGUCGAGUGAGCAGUCCACGUCAGCGAGAUUGGGGGGCGGUGAAGAAGCUGUUCAGGUACCUGAUGCAUACUCGGCACUUUAAGCUGACCCUUACAGGUCGACAAAGCUUGGAUUUGACAGGAUAUGUCGACGCAGACUGGGCCGGCAACGUCACUGACCGCAAGUCAACAAGUGGCUACAUCAUCCUGCUUGGAGACAGCCCGGUCACUUGGUCCAGCAGAAAACAGUCAUCUGUUGCUCUGUCGAGCACCGAAGCAGAGUACAUUUCCGCGGCUUAUGCUUCACAGGAAGUUUUGUGGCUGCGUCCAUUGUUGGAAGAUUUCGGACUAGUCAUUGAUCAACCGACACCUAUGUUCGAGGAUAAUCAGGGCUGCAUUAAGCUUGCCCUUAGUGAAGGGAUCAACGCCAGGACAAAGCACAUCGAUGUCCGUCACCAUCACUUACGUGAUCUAGUAGCACACAACAUCAUCAACUUUCAGUACUGCGAGUCCGCUGACAACAUCGCGGACGCGUUGACGAAACCUUUACCACGACCGAGACUGGAGGCGUUAAGGCAACGGAUGGGGCUCAUCGAGGGAUAA